UUCCAUAAACCCUCAAAACCCCUUUGUCCAUUUUACAGUUCUAACACCCCCACACCCUCACCAUCUCCUUCUCUACAGAAAUAAAUAAAUCAAAUCAAAUUUUGAACAAAACAAUUAAAGUUUGCAUUUUGGAUUUUACCAUAAGCUCAAAGUUGAAAUCUUGAUAUGAAAGCUUUAAGAGUUUUAAGGACAUUGAACUCAUCACUAUCUUCAAAUCCAAGAAAACCCCAUUUCAAUUCAACCAUUUUUCUUCGUUUUUACUCAGCCCAACCUCAAGAAGACAACCCCACAACCUCUGAAGAAGAUGACACGUCAUCCUCAGUCUUUGAUAGUUCACAAUAUGAUGUGGGGUUAGGAUUAAACAAUGAUGUUAACUCAGAAAACAGUGUAAACAGCUCAACUUGGGAUGAGAAAUAUAGGGAAAGAGUGAAAACUAAAGUGUUUGGUGAAGACCCUUUAGAGAUUAAGAGGAGUUCAAGAAUCUUGAUUAAAGAAGAAGAGAAGAGAAGGAGAGCUGCUAUAUUGGCUAGGACACUUCUUGAAGCCGCGCUUGAUCGGCCUGAUGAAGAGGGGGAGGAAGAUAAAGAGGAUAUGGUUGUGAAGGAAGAAGAUCAAAUGUCAUUGAGUGUUGGAAUUAUUGGUGCUCCUAAUGCUGGAAAAUCUUCAUUGACUAAUUACAUGGUUGGCACCAAAGUUUCUGCUGUAUCACGGAAGACGAAUACCACUACCCAUGAAGUCUUAGGUGUGAUGACUAAAGGAAAAACACAAAUCUGUUUCUUUGACACUCCCGGGCUUAUGCUAAAGAAAAGUGGAUUUCCCCACAAGGAUGUGAAAGCACGUAUUGAAAGUGCAUGGAGGUCUAUUGAUCUAUAUGAUGUACUCAUUGUCAUAUUUGAUGCUCACAGGCAUCUUACCAAGCCCGAUUCCAGAGUGGUGAGGUUGAUUGAGAGAAUGGGUUCUGAGGCUAAUCCAAAGCAGAAACGUUUACUGUGUAUCAAUAAAGUUGACCUAAUCGAGAAAAAGAAAGACUUGUUGAAAGUUGCUGAGGAAUUCAAAGACCUUCCUGGAUACGAGAGGUGCUUUACGAUAUCAGGACUAAAGGGAGCUGGAGUGAAAGAUCUAACGAAAUACUUGACGGAGCAGGCAUUGAAACGACCAUGGGAUGAAGAUCCAUUGAUCAUGAGUGAAGAAGUUAUGAAGAAUAUUUCAAUGGAAGUUGUCAGGGAAAAGUUGCUACAUUACAUACAUCAGGAAAUCCCAUAUGGCAUUGACCAUCGCCUGAUGGACUGGAAGGAGCUACAUGAUGGUUCCCUAAGAAUUGAACAGCAUUUGAUCACACACAAGAUAAGCCAACGCAAGAUUCUCGUAGGAAAGAAAGGUUCCAAAAUAGGGACAAUAGGCAUCGAGGCAAAUGAAGAGUUAAGAACGAUAUUCAAGAGAACCGUCCAUCUAGUCCUUAUGGUUAGAGUGAAAUCAUGAGAUCAAAGAACAAUGUCCUUGUUUUGCAUGUAUAUAUUGAGGUGCUCCAGUUUUGUCCCUUUACCAAAGCAAAUGUCAGUUGACACAAUAAUCUACAAAAGCAUAUCAUAAUCUAAAAUUAUGUUCUGAUGCAGAAUAUGGAAGAAAAGUUUAAUUUCCCUUUCAUGUGAAUACAUUCAUAUUCUUUUCUAUAAUUUAAGGUCAAAAUUCUAGACAUUGUUUGUAUUCAUGUUGGAUUAAGUGUACAAUGCUCUUUCCACUAGAGUAAGAUUAGGUGUCCUGUUGGUUCUAUUGCAUUAAUAUAUUUGAACCUUCAA